CGGUUACAAACUGAAAGUACAAAACGUAAACUUCCGGCGAUGUUAUUGAUGCGCAAUCCAAUGGAAAACUUUUCUUACAUAACAAAGUUCCCACGUUUCUCGCACUGUCACGUAUAAGAUGGCAGAAAAGAUACUAUUUGCCUUUGAUUUUGAUCAUACAGUCAUAGACGACAACAGUGACCUGUACUGCAAAAAACUAGCACCGAAUGGAAAAAUCCCCCAGGAGAUUGAGCAGACCUACAGCGAUCUAGGGUGGACUAAAUAUAUGGGGCUCAUAUUUGAAUAUCUUCACAAGCAUGGCGUUACAGAGCAGCAUUUUAGGGAUUGUAUGAAUGAAAUUCCGUUGACAAAGGGCAUGAGAGAAGUUAUUGAAUAUGCCACGAAAAAUGAACACGAGAGCAUCAUUAUUUCAGACUCCAAUUCACGAUUCAUUGACUAUGUUCUGACUGACAGGGGACUGAAGGGAUCCUUCUCAGAAGUAUAUACCAAUCCGGCGCAUUUUAACGAAGAUGGUCAGUUAACAAUUGCAUACUAUCACACACAGGACUGGUGUGAUCUCAGCACGGUCAAUCUGUGCAAAGGACAUAUAUUACAAGAACAUAUUAAAAGGCGACAGAAUGAUGGCAUCCAUUAUAAAUGUGUCGUGUUCGUAGGGGACGGGACAAACGACUUUUGCCCCGCUCUUCGACUGACGGAAAAUGAUUACAUCUGUCCCCGAGUCAGCUACAGACUGUGGAAGAAAAUCCAGAAAAUGGGAAAUGACCCACACAGUACCAAUGACAAACAGAAGAUGAGAGCUCAGGUUGUAGACUGGACGUCUGGUGUGGACAUUCUGGAAUUUCUAAAAUCUUUGGAAAGAUGUUGAAACGUGAUCAACAGCCUCCAUUAGAGGAUGAUCCCACCACCAUACACCCUCCCCAAUAAAAAUUUUCCAAUAUAUUCUGGUGAUUUUCACACAAAUCAGAGCACGAUCACACCACAGUACAGAGAUUGAGACUUGUAAUGACACAUGAACAGUGAAUUAUCAACACUCGAUUUAUUGCCAUCUUCACUAUACUGCCACGUUUUGUCGGAGGAGUGUCUUUCUGCUUUAAAAGUCUCCUAUUUUAACACUUUUAAAAAUCGCAUAAUGCCAUCUUUCAUUCUGUUUUCAACAAAAGUGUCCAUAUUAGGUUGUUGCAGUCUUGAUGUAUCGCCAAAGUAGAAAGACGUGAAACUGAUGAUCCCUGAUACUGUUUAGUCACUUUAUAUCUAGUCCAGCUGGUACUGGGUAUUUGUUAUUACUGGUAGUGCAGUUUUUUUGUUUGUAAGAAAUUUUGAAUUUCAGUCAUGCAUUGCCACUAAAUUGGAUACGUGCUUGAAUUUUGGAUGAAACUAUUGAAUGUGUGCAUAUCUGUUCGAUUGUGCAAAAAGUGGUUGUAUAAUGAUAUUGAUGUAAUUGAAAAUCAGAAUGAUACAUAUUAAUUAGGGCUCCUAGUGCACUGACUUCUUAUACAUUUUUUCUUUAUAUGCAUUAUCUCAUUAAAGAUAGGAGAUAUCUUUAUAGGAUUAUAAGAUAUUUCAUAAACUUUAUAAAAUAUCUUAUUAAUGGUUUUUAAGUAAGUUUUAGAAGAUAUCAUAUUAACUUUAGAUAAGAUAUCUUAUUAAAGAAAGAUAUCUAUAUGAAUAUAUCAUAGAAGAUAUUUCAAAGUUUAUGGGAUAUCUUACAUAGUUUAUGAUAUUUUAUAUAUGUUUAGGUCACCUGAGUAAACUCAUGUGACUUAAUGCAAUUGGUUAAAGUGUGUCGUCCGUCAUGCAUUAUCAAUUGAACAUUUUUAACUUCUUCGAUAAUUAAUAUUCCAAUUCUUUCAAAUUUAGUAUGAAGAAUCUUUUGGACAUGGGGUUACAUAAAUUGUAAUUUUCAGGACUCCUGCAUCCCUGGGGUCAUAGGAAUGGGAACAAAAUUGACGACUUUUCAAAAAUCUUUCUCUAAAACCACACAUAUUAAUAUAAAGUUUAGAUAUCUUAUAUAGUUUAUAAGAUAUAUAUUUUAUAAGAUAUCUUAUAAAUUGUAAAUUAUGAGAUAUCUAAAGACUUGGAGAUUAGAUAUCUAAUUAAAAAUAGAAGAUAUCUCAUAUAUUAUAUAAGAUAAAUUUAAAGAGGAGUAAAUAUAAAUAUGGUGUGCCAUAUACUAUGCAGGUGAGUUAUGUCUGAGGACCUUUAAUAAUAAUUCUCUCCUCCAAAGCUCUGUAUCAUAAUAAAUAUAGCGUACCAUAAUGGAGUACAUUAUUUGUAAUUACCGUAUACUCCCCUUCACAAAACAUUAUUAUAAAACCUUUGUGAGGGAAAACAAUUAACAUUAUUCAAAUAAGUGUUGUAACAUAUGAAUCGCAAUGGUGCAAUUUAUGGUAGAAAGAACUGAUAAUUAUUAUCAUCAAACAUGUGAUCAAACUAACAAUCACUAUAAUUCAGGUUCUGAUCAUUAUUGCAUUACUAGUUUAUGAUUGAAUAUACAUGUACUUGAUGUGUGUAUAUGACGAUUAAUUUGCACUUGUCAGAUUGUGGUACAAUUUGUGUUCAAUUUUUUUUUAGUCUGAUAAUUAAAUUCUGAUUUUUGUUCUGUA